AGUGUGGUGGGGUCUCCUUUGGAGGUUUUUAAACAAAGGUGGGAUGUUCAUUUGUUGGGUGUGCUUUAAUUAUAUAUUAUAAUGAUAUAUUCCUGCAUGGCAGGGUGUUGGACUUGAUGGCCCUUGAGGUCUUUUCCAAUCCUGUGACUGUAUGAUUCUAUGAAAUCUAAAUAAGCAAUAAAGCAUUGCAGUCCACUGUACUGACUGACUGCAGUCCAAUAUUUGGCACCUAUCCUUCCUUUAUAUGUGCAUUUGAAACUACAUGUCACUUUUUUGUAUAUUUUAUAGAAAUUUUUGGUAAAUAUUUUAAUAGAUAUUUUAUAUUAAAAUAUAGAGCUGAAAUCUACAGGUACAGAUCAAAUAUUUCAACAGUAAAACAUAAAGUAUAAUUUAAUUAUCAGCAGAAUUAAAAGCAAAAGCACCUCCAUCAGUUCACAAUGGCCUGUUGAAAUAAGAAAGUCUUCAUCUGCCACUGGAAGGACAUCAGGGAAGGAGAUCAUCAAAUAUGUAGGAAGGGGUUUCCAGAGCCUCGGGGAAGUCACCAAGAAAGCCCUCUCCUGCAUCCACAGAAGUACUUCUGAGGAUGGUGAGGUGAAUCCUUCCAUGAAGAUUAGAAACCCCAGACAGGCUGGCAUAGCAGAAUGCUGUCCUUCAGAUAACCUGAACCCAAGCCACAUAAGACUUUGUAGGUGAUAACUGACAUUUGGAACUGUGCCUGGAAUCAGACCAGCAGCCAGUAAAUCUGUUACAAGGGAAGUUGGUAUGCUUCAUAAAAACAGCAUCAGUCAGCAGAUUGACUGCAGUUUUUUCGACCAGCUGAAAGCAGCUUCCCAUAGACAUAUCCAUAUGUAUGUUAAAAAUAGUGGGCCGUUGGUAUUUGCUAAGGUUUGGUUCCUGGACACCCCGUGAAUACCAAAAUCUGUGGAUGUUCAAGUCUCAUUAAAUACAAUAGACAGUAAAAUGAUAUCCUUUAUAUAAAAUAGCAAAAUCAAGGUGUCUUUUUGGAAUUUAUAUAUUUCAUGAAUAUUUUCAAGCCAUGGAUACUUGAAUCCAUGGAUGAUGAAUAUGGAGGGCUAACUGUAACAUGAGGGACAAAAUUGAACUCUGAAGGCCUCCACAGGCCAAUAACCAAGGUUAAGACCGGAGUCCCACAACAUCAUCUUCAGGGCUCAUCCAUCCAGAAACAAACAAACAGCACCACUGUAAAACAGUUCUUGCAAACCCCAUUCCAAUGAGGCAGCCCAGAAGGAUACCAUGACUGAAUGUACUGAAAGAUGCCAAGAGGUCCAGUAGAACCAAUAAGGACAUAGUAUUCUGUCUCAUUCCCAGCAUACCUCUGUCUGAAUCCAGAAUGAAAUUAUCUAGAUUAAUCUAAAGCCCCUUAUAUCUGGAAGGCCAGCACAGACUACAGUACUGUUCCUGGAAAUUGCCAGUAGUUAAUCCAAUAAAUGGGAUCUAGGGAAUACUUUUUCAACACCCUUAUAACUCCCUCCUUUAGGCAUGUUGGAAAGAGGUCGCAAGGCACUGAACACUCUCUCUACCCAUUCAGGCAGCCCUGUUCAGUCUUUUAUAUGAGCCAGUAAAGGCAAGGGUCUAGCACACAUGGAUUCUGUCAACAUCCUGGAUCUGUACAAAAUGAAAAGUAUCACUUACCACUUGACAAACAAGUGCUAAAGUUACAUACACUGUAACUUUGUAAACAAAUAAAUGUCCUUGGAAGAAAGCUAAGUCACAAAUCAAAUCCCUGAAACACCUAAAAAAUUAUAGUUCUUUGGAGUUCACUUUACAAAUAUAAUUACUUUUUUAAAAAAUGUUAAAUAUUAAAAGGAAAGCAACCAUACCUCUAGUAGAGGCUGGCUGAUGAGAAGGUUCAUCCCAUUUCUUCUUGUUUGCACAGUGUUGUGUCCUGAUUGUAUUACUCCACUCUUUCUUCUUCCUGCAAAAUGAAGGAAACGAUCUCAUGCUUCCUGUUGCUGGUUGGACUUUUUCCUGUCUCAGCCAGGGAGAGACGUCUUCCAGGGACACUUUCAAGUCAAAGAAAUGAUGCUCUGGUACUUGAAGAAUUUUGCAGUAACAAACAGCUCGACCUUGUGUUCAUCAUUGACAGCUCUCGUAGUGUUCGCCCUUAUGACUUUGAGAAAGUGAAAGAAUUCAUCUUAACCAUCCUUCAGUUUUUGGACAUCAGGCCAGAUGCCACUAGAGUGGGACUUAUCCAAUAUGGCAGCACAGUCAAAAAUGAAUUUUCCCUGAAGACAUUUAAGAGGAAGCAGGAUGUGGAGAGAGCAGUGAAAAGAAUGAUGUACCUUGCCACUGGUACCAUGACGGGAUUAGCUAUUCAAUAUGCAGUCAACAUUGCCUUUUCAGAAACUGAAGGAGCUCGGCCACUCAGUCAGAAUGUGCCCAGAGUUAUAAUGAUAGUGACAGAUGGGAGACCCCAGGACCCCGUUGCAGAUAUUGCAGCAAAAGCCCGGAACUCAGGAAUCCUAAUUUUUGCUAUUGGUGUGGGAAAAGUAGAUAUGAAUACACUGAAAUCUAUUGGGAGUGAACCUUAUGAAGACCAUGUCUUUUUGGUUGCAAAUUUCAGCCAGAUUGAAAAGUUGACCUCUGUGUUCCAGACUAAAAUCUGUGUCCAACACACGUGCAGUGUAAUUGAACACAACUGUGAUCAUUUCUGCAUCAACACUCCUGGCUCUUAUGUAUGUAAAUGUAAACAGGGAUAUAUUUUGAACUCAGACCAGCGGACUUGCAAUACCCAGAAUCUAUGUGAGGUAAAAAACCAUGAUUGUGAACAGAUAUGUGUAAAUACACCUGGAUCAUAUGUCUGCCAAUGUUAUGAUGGGUAUGAGCUUCUGGAAGAUGGAAAGAGCUGUUUCCUUGUGAACUACUGUGCUUUGAAUAACCAGGGCUGUCAACAUGAGUGUGUUAAUACUGAAGAUUCCUACUACUGUCAGUGCCGACAAGGAUUCAUUCUCAAUCCAGAUAAAAAAACGUGUCAACGACCAGACCACUGUGCUUUGCAAAACCAUGGUUGUCAGCAGGAGUGUGUCAAUACAGAUGAAUCUUAUUUCUGCCGAUGCCAGCAAGGAUUUACUCUUAAUCCAGAUAAGAGAACUUGCAAAAGAAUAAACGUCUGUUCCUUGGAAAAACAUGGCUGUGAACAUGAAUGUGUUAAUACUGAAAGCUCAUAUGUGUGUCGAUGUCGAAAUGGAUAUACCCUGAACCGUGACCGUAAAACAUGCAGAAGAAUAGACCACUGUGCUGAAUCAAAUCAUGGAUGUGAACAACUGUGCUUGAAUACCAGGGAGUCCUAUGUAUGUCAGUGUUCUGAAGGAUUCAUCAUUAAUGAAGACCUCAAGACUUGUUCACGAGUGGACUACUGUUUGCUGAUUGACCAUGGUUGUGAACAUUUAUGUGUGAAUAGUGAAAGCUCCUAUACUUGCCAGUGCUUUGAAGGAUACAUGCUGCAUAGAGAUGGGAAAACAUGUAAACGUAGAGAUAUCUGUAAAUCAGUAGAGCAUGGAUGUGAACACCUUUGUGUCAGUGAUGAUGGCAUUUCCUAUGUCUGCAAAUGUCAUGAAGGAUUCAUGCUGAAUGAGGAUGGGAAAACCUGCAGAAGUAAAGACCUCUGCAACUCAGUAGCUCAUGGCUGUCAGCAUCUGUGUGUCAACAAUGAUGACUCCUAUGUCUGCAAGUGCCAUGAGGGAUUCAUAUUGAAAGAUGAUGGAAAGACCUGCAGAAAUCAAGAUGUCUGCAAGUCCUCAAAUCAUGGAUGUGAACACGUCUGUGUUAAUACUGAAGAUUCAUACAUCUGCACAUGUCACGAGGGUUUUAUAUUAAGGGGUGACGGGAAAACCUGCAGAAAUCAAGAUAUAUGCAAGUCCACAAAUCAUGGAUGUGAACAUGUCUGUGUUAAUACUGAAGACUCAUACACCUGCAAAUGUCACGAGGGAUUUAUAUUAAGGGAUGAUGGAAAGACCUGCAGAAAUCAAGAUGUCUGCAAGUCCACCAGUCAUGGAUGUGAACAUGUCUGUGUUAAUACUGAAGACUCAUUCACCUGCAAAUGUCACGAGGGAUUUAUAUUAAGGGAUGAUGGGAAGACAUGCAGAAAUCAAGAUGUCUGCAAGUCCACAAAUCAUGGAUGUGAACAUGUCUGUAUUAAUACUGAAGAUUCAUACACCUGUAAAUGCCAUGAGGGAUUUAUAUUACAGGAAGACAGGAGAACAUGUAGAAGUAAAGAUGUUUGCAAGUCCAUUGAGCAUGGCUGUGAACAUGUUUGUAUAAAUAAUAAUAGUUCAUACAUCUGCAAAUGCCAUGAGGGAUUCAUACUGGAAGAAAAUGGGAAAAUGUGCAGAAGAUGCACUGAAGGCCCAGUCGAUCUGGUGUUUGUGAUAGAUGGAUCAAAAAGUCUGGGAGAGAAUAACUUUGAAAUUGUCAAGGAAUUUGUCUUGGGAAUCUUGGACUCUCUUACCAUAUCACCCAAAGCUGCAAGAAUCGGUUUGCUGCAAUAUUCCACUCAGGUCCGCACAGAAUUUACACUGAAGCAAUUUAGCACAGCCAAAGACAUGAAGAAAGCAGUAUCCCAAAUGAAAUAUAUGGGGAAAGGCUCCAUGACUGGACUUGCCCUGAAGCAAAUGACCGAGAGAAGCUUCACUGAAGCAGAGGGGGCCAGACGCUUCUCAGCGAAGGUGCCCAGAGUGUCUGUGGUUUUUACAGAUGGACGAGCCCAAGAUGAAGUCUCUGAAUGGGCUACUAAAGCAAAGCAACGUGGAAUCACCAUGUAUGCCAUUGGAAUAGGGAAAGCAAUAGAGGAAGAAUUGAGAGAAAUUGCUUCAGAACCUCCGGAAAAACAUAUUCUGUAUGCAGAGAAUUUCAGUGCCAUGGGAGAGAUUACUGAAAAGCUCCAAAAACGAAUCUGUGAAGGACUGAAGAAUCACCAGGAUUUUCCAGGAGGUUUGCUUCAUUCAAUGGAUUCAUAUUCUGAAGAACCUGAAGCCGCUACCCUAGCAAUCACAGAUGUUCUUGCUUGUUCCAAUUUUGCUGUCCACCAUAAAUAUCUUUUUGAAGAAAAACAACUGAGAUCAACAGUAACAUCAGGCAAACCUUCAGAAGAUAAGAAAGACCCAUGCAAAUGUGAAAAUCUUGUGACAUUCCAGAAUUUUGCAAAUGCUGAAGUUCAGAAACUAACACAGCAACUAGAAGAAAUGUCAAAAAGAAUGGAAGACCUGGAAAAUCAAUUAAGAUACCGAUGAAGUGUUCUGAACAGAAGUGCAUAGUGUGUUGGAUAUUCAUAUGCGAAUGUACCAAAGCUAUCCGUAAAAAGUCUAGAUUCUCCCAUUAAAAAGGAGAAUUUUAACUCUAGUACCGUAUUAUAUUGCAUUUUUUUUGCAUUGUCUGGAGAUGAAAUGUUGUGUAGACUUUUUUCUAAGUGAGAUAAGCUAUGUAAUAUAAUAAAAUGGUGCUACAAAAAAGCAUUUAAACUGG